AUGCCAAGCAUUUUGCACAGACUUGUUCUUUGUGCACACGACUCGCUCAUUUUGCUCCUCGGCCUCACUUUUGCGCUUUGGAUUUGGUUGUCAACAUUUUCUGCUGGAAACAUCGUUCCUAUCCUUUCAUUGCUGUUCCUGAAGCCGUUUGCUCCAUGGAUGCACGAGGUGUUUUUGGACUGCCUGGCCGGUGUGAGUUGGAACUCGAUCAUCGAGUACGCAGAGCGUGUCUGCAAGUUCAAGACCAUCGUAACGGGAAACCUUGCCGAGCUCAUGGUCCGGUACCCAGGAAACAAGUUGAUCCUAUGCAACCACGUAUCCGCCGUUGACGUGCUUGUGAUAUUCUUUGUUGCAUCAAAGUAUGGCAAGACGGGAAAUCUCAGGUUUUUCGCCAAGAAGGAACUCAUCUUUGUUCCGAUCUUCGGCCUGGCUGCUUACUUCUUGAACUUUGUUUUCCUGGAAAGAAACUGGAUCAAGGACAUGUCCCGCAUACGACAGAAGCUCCUGGAAAUUGUCGGCAGCUCCAGGAAACGUUCGUUCUGGUUAGUGAUAUUCCCUGAAGGAACAAGGAUUGACAACUCAAAACUCAAGAAGUCCCAGGAGUUUGCAAUCAGUAGAAACCUCCAGCCAUUGAAGCAUUUGUUAAUACCUCGCGUGAAAGGGCCGUCUAUGUCCAUCCAAAUUUUAAAAGAAGAGAUCGAUUCGAUUUUGGACCUUACUAUCGCAUACGACAAGCGCUACGGAGAUUAUGGAAACACCAGGCCCUCGUUGGUUGACGCAUUUCUGAAACGAAAGAUAGAGUGGAAGGUUCACGUGAACGCAGAUUUGAUCCCUGUCUCAGAUAUCCCCCAAGACCAGGAAAGUUUAGAUGAUUGGCUGCAUCAAAUCUUUGUUCAGAAAGACCAGAAACUGGAGCGUUUCCACGCUGACGGUGUUUUUCCAGCCAGGCCUUGUAACUUUGACGUGUUGCCAGGAUAUCAACCUUUCAUUCAUAUCAUCGUUUACACGCUUGUUGCAGCCUUUGGCCUCUGGACUUUUGUUCAGGGUAUAUCGUCGAUUGUUGCGUAUGCUCGGCAUUGA